GGCCACGCCUCGCGCCUCCCUCCCCGCCCAGGUGCGGCGCCCCCCGGCUAGGAUCGCGGACUCCGCUUGCUUCCCCCAGUACACGGCCUCCCUCAAGUGUAUGCGCACAACUAUAUCCAACCGCCGUUUGGAGGCCAACCAGGACAAGAGCAAGUGCCAGCAGCAGUUCGACGAUUACAAGGAGUGCAAGAAGAAAGAGGAGAUGGGUGUGUUAAAGAUCAGGAUCAACCAGAGGCUACUGCACUGCAGACAUUGCCACCGACGCCGACACCCACCCCUCCCGCCCGCCGACACUCCCCUCCCGCCCGCCAACACUCACUGCUUUUUAUUGGACAGAAUCAUCCAUCAGAUGAGGUUCAAAUGCAACUUCUGCGACUCUGGAUACAUCCCCUACAUCAAGUUUCUGGUGCACCUGUGCGACACUACUCCCGCCCAUCUCAAGUCCGUCUUUGCCAGGGGAGAGUGCAUCCUCGCCACAAGUGCCCUUGUGUGUUCUGAAUGCGGCCUUCCUCUCCGACCUCCCAUUUUCAGGCGUCUCCCUCGGAGAACUCCUAUUUGUACUGCCUGCUGCCAUAAUGGUGAUGUCACCAGCUACCGUCACAACCGUGAGCUCGAACACCUCAUCCAAGGCAUCACGGUGAAAUGCGAGGCUUGCAAACAAUACCUUCCAUUCUCCACCUUUGCUUCGCACAAGCUGGUCAACUUGUGUGGGGAAAACAAGCAAAAGGCUCCUUAUGAGGUUGGUAAAAUGGAUAAGAGCAUUGUUCACGGUGAUGAGGUUCGGAAUGAUGAUGACUCAUCUGGUGACAACCAUGGCACGAGUAAGGAUGUGUUCAGUUUUGAAGAUGAUUCAGUGGAGGAAGGGGAGGAACUUGAAAAGCCUAAGGCUGUGAAAAGGGUGGCUGAGAACACCUGUAAGACACUACCCUGUGAUAGGGAGGCAAAGAUCACAAUGCCAUAUGGGCAGAAACCAGCAACUCCUACUGCAGCCCAGGCCAGUGCGUCGCCGUUUCGUCGCCUACCCAUCAUGGCACCCUCAAAGCCACCUCUACCACCGUUCAUACCUCGUCGCCCAGGCACCCGUCUCUUCCAAGCAGCUGCAGCUGGCAACAAGAAUAGGGGUCAUUGGUUCUCAAUUCAAGACAAAGAAACCCACAGAGGAAAAUUACAUGUUGGGCUCAAACCAAAUAAAGAUGAAACUGAGAGACCUACAUCGUGCAACAGUUGUAUCCAUGGAAAAAACAAGUAAAAGGCUUGCUAUGAGGUUGGUGAAAUGGGCAAGCACAUUGUUCAUGGUGAUGCGGUUGGGAAUGAUGAUGACUCAUCUGAUGACAACCAUCCUGAGAGUGGCAUGAGAGUGGCUGAAAACAUCAAGACACUUGCAUGUAAUAGGAAAGUAAAGACUGCAACACCAUAUGGGCAGAAAACAGCACGUACUGCAGCCCAGGCUGGCACAUCGAGAUGUUGACACCUACCCAUCACGGCAGAGCCACCUCUACCUCGUCGCCCAGGCACCCGUCUCUUCCAAGCAGCCCACAACAGGAAUAGGGGUUAGCAACAGACCAAACGUGAAGAUCCCAAUAUCUAGGCCCCGCGCCCGGGGGGGUUAAAACAGUUGCCCCCCCGGAUUUGUGAUCUGUUUGUGUUCACCACAAUGGUCGUUUUUGUUCACCACAAUGGUCACAAAUCCGGGCUGGGGAUUCGGGGAGCGGUGAAAAUAGGGAAAUUUCGCUGUAAAUGAUGAGGGGAUUGGUUGAUUUCUUUUUUGCCAAAAAUGGCAUGGAUGAUGCCCUCGGAGCGAAGAUGGCGAGCUGACCUGCCUUCGGGAAUAUAUUGUGAUCUGUUGCCUUUUUUUAAUCGUUUUUGUUUGCAAUUUAGAUUUUGCGUUUGUGUUCUUGCAAUGUCUGUUUUCUGUUUGAAUUUCCAAUUGUGUAGUGCUCCUCCCGCGCCACCAAUAUUGUCGCGUCCAGUAUUUUUCUUCUUGGUAGGAUCAAUCAGCAAAGAGGUAGCACUCAGCAGCAUAGAUAGCAUGCAAAGACUGGCGUACUCCUUUUGAACAAGAGGAAGAGCAGGCAGGACCAAGGCCUCUGCCAGCGGACUUUUUACAAAUUGGGCAAACAAUACCAUAUUAGAAUGAUAAAUCAACGCUAAGAACAUCUCUCAAGUUAAGCAAA